AUGCCGCCACAAGUCUUACCCUUCUUUCCUAUCGAACUUUUCAACACUCAUCAAUUGCCAUUACUCCCUCAGAAGAUGCAUGCUGUUCUCGAGACCAUCUCUGAAUGGGCGCCCUUUCAGAUCGACGCCUUAGGCCUAGUCACGAUCUUUGGCGCGAAAGAAAUGAACACAUGUGUUGGGAACCUGACCAAAAGUUGGGUUACGGAAUGGCUUCCCAUCUUGGGAUCAUAUGCUGUGGCUAAUAACGAAAUUGCCGACCCCGAACAUGGUUAUAUCCUUUACAACAUCACCGACGGCAUCAUGGCUACCGAUGUCGCAGCUUGGUUUACACGAUGGCUUUCUUCCUUUCCACCAAAUUACGCGUCAACUGUUAUCAGGCUUAAAAUAGAUGAGAAGCCCCUUCCAGUUGCUCGAAGCAUAUUCGCCAUGGCAAUUGGUGGUUCAGCCAUGGUGCUGUCACUUUGUCUUGCCAUUCUGACAGCAGACCCAUGGGGGAUCGCCAACUCUCUUGCCAUGUGUGGUCAAGUCUUUGUCAGGCAACAUAUGGUCGGACAACUACGAGCCUCAAUGGACAAAACAAUCUCCGACGUUGAUCGUGAUCCCGGCAAAGACGUUAAAACCUUUCUAACGCUACCGAAUGGCAAGGCUGUAACAAUCGUUGGACCCCUGGGAUUAGUGCUGGGCUGUAUCGUCACAGAUGCCCGGCCACUCAAUCCGCGUUACUACUUUCUCGCGCGUGCCAUCGGUUGGGCCUUUUUCGCCACCCAUGCCAUUGCGCUCGGCAUGAGUAACUUGUUCAACCAGAUAGUGACAGUGAUCAUCAUGCUGGUAGGAACCUAUUUGACCGCUACUCGUGUUGGCGACAACUCUGAAAUGAUAGGGUCAGGCCUACGUUUGGAAGUGGAAAUGGGUGACUCUGGGUGGACACGAAGCCAAGCAUACGCGAAUAUCGGAAUGACUCCGGAAGAGGAGGAUAAGAUGGUUCACUGGAGUUUGAUGCCACAGAAAUCAAAUACAAGGUGGUGGAAGAGGUACAAUGCGAGGGAAUUCACCAUGAGUCCAAGGUCAACAGUCAUAAGCCUGGAGCGGCAGUUCGAAGAAGAAGGACCUAGAUAG